GGAAGCAACUUACUGAAACCGACAAUGAAAUACAGAGGUUUGUCACACACAAUGACAGAUGCAGACAACCCUGUGAACAAUACAGGUUUGAAUUACAAAUAUAUUAUUGCUGAGAGUCAUGAGAGGAUCCAGGUCUGUAGGUUCUGCUUAUUUGCUGAAGGAAACUAGAGACCUGCAGAAACCAGUAGAUGGUCAAAGAUGGUCAGAGUCAAAGAGCAGCUCAAAACCAGCAUGAAGAACAAGUACGCAACAUUAUUUGAGGGAAACAAACUUCAAGAGAAAGAAAGCCUCCUAAACAGAAUUUACACACAGCUUUACAUCAUAAAGGGAGAGAGUGAAGGAGUGAAUGAAGAACAUGAGGUUUUACAGAUGGAGAAAACAGCCAGAAUACAAAACUCACAAGACACUCCGAUCUACUGCAAUGACAUCUUUAAAACUUCAAGAGAACGAGGAUGUGAGGAGAAAGACCAGAUCAAGACUGUUCUUACUAAAGGCAUCGCUGGAAUCGGAAAAACUGUCUCUAUGCAGAAGUUAAUUCUGGACUGGGCUGAGGGAAAAGCCAAUCAGGAUGUAGAUUUUAUGUUUGUGCUUCCAUUUCGAGAGCUGAACUUGAUCAGAGAUCAUCAGUACAGUCUUCACAGACUUCUGCUGGACUUUCAUCCUGAACUUCAAGAUCUGGACUCAAAGAUUUAUGAGGAGUGUAAAGUUGUGUUCAUCUUUGAUGGUCUAGAUGAAAGCAGAAUCACACUGAUGUUUUCAGAUGAUCAGAAAGUUUGUGAUGUGACUGAGACUUCAUCAGUGAGUGUGUUGAUGUUAAACCUCAUGAAAGGAGAGCUGCUUCCCUCUGCUCUCAUCUGGAUCACCUCCAGACCAGCAGCAGCCAAUCAGAUCCCCUCCAAAUACAUCAACCGUCUGACAGAAAUUCAGGGAUUCACUGAUCCUCAGAAGGAGGAAUAUUUCAGGAAGAGAAUCAGUGACCAGCAGCAAGCCAGCAGAAUCAUCUCACACAUCAGAAGAGCAAGAAGCCUCCACAUUAUGUGCCACAUCCCUGUCUUCUGCUGGAUCUCAUCCACUGUGCUUCAGAAGCUCCUGGAAGAAGAUCUGAGUGCAGAAAUCCCUCAAACUCUAACUGAACUCUACAUCCACUUCCUGCUGAUUCAGAUCAACAUGAGGAACCAGAAGUAUGAAGAGAGUGAUCCAGAGAAACUCCUGCAGUCCAACAGAGAAGUGAUCGUGAAACUUGCUGAAGUGGCUUUCAAACAGUUGAUGAAGGGUAAUGUGAUGUUCUAUGAGGAGGACCUGAUUGAGAGCGGCAUAGAUAUCACUGAUGCCUCAGUGUAUUCUGGGAUUUGCACUGAGAUCUUUAAGGAGGAAUCUGUAAUUCAUCAGAAGAAAGUCUACAGCUUCAUUCAUCUGAGCAUUCAGGAGUUUCUCGCUGCUUUCUAUGUGUUUUACUUUCACAUAAGCAUCAAUAUAGAAGCAUUAUUAGAUUCAGUGUUUAAUUUGCAUACAAGAGCAGUAGAUAAAGCCAUUGAGAGUGAGAAUGGUCAGCUGGAUCUGUUCUUGCGGUUCUUGCUUGGUGUCUCACUGGAGUCCAAUCAGAGACUCUUACAGGAUCUACUGACACACACAGAGAACAGCUCAGAGAGCAUCAGGAGAACCACACAGUACAUUAAAGAGAAGAUUAGAGAUGGACAUGGACUCUCCACCGAAAGAUCCAUCAAUCUUUUCCACUGUCUACUGGAAGUGAAAGAUCAGACUCUGUCCAGAGAGAUUCAGGGAUUUGUGAAAUCGGACAAACACUCAGAGAAGAAACUCUCUCCUGCUCACUGCUCAACAAUCUCCUACAUGCUUCAAAUGUCAGAGGAGGUGCUGGAUGAGCUGGACCUCAAGAAAUACAACACAUCAGAUGAGGGAAGAAGAAGACUGAUACCAGCUGUGAUCAACUGCAGAAAAGCCAUUCUUAUCGGCUGUAGUCUCACUGUCCAGGAUUGUGAAGUUGUAUCAUCAGCUCUACAAUCCUCUAACUGUGUCCUGAGGGAGCUGGAUCUGAGUAACAAUGACCUGCAGGAUUCAGGAGUGAAGCUGCUUUCUGAUGGACUGAAGAGUCCAAACUGUCAGCUGCAGAUACUGAGGUGUACAUAUAAGGGAGAAUGUGCAGUUAUCUUGUCAAUACUGAUGUGUAUGUGUGUGUGUAGACGAUCUGACUGUGUGUGUGUCUGUAGGUUGUCAGGCUGUAUGGUGACAGAGGAAGGCUGUGGUUAUUUGUCUUCAGCUCUGAGUUCAAACCCCUCACACCUGAGAGAGCUGGAUCUGAGCUACAAUCACCCAGGAGAUUCAGGAGUGCAGCUGCUCAAACACAAACUGGAGGAUCCCAACUACUCACUGAAGAUACUCAAUGUGCAUCAUGGAGAACAUUGCAGGAUCAAACCAGGACUGCGAAAAUACGCCUGUGAUCUCACACUGGAUCCAAACACAGCAAAUACUAAACUCAUUCUGUCUGAAGAGAACAGGAAGGCAACACUUGUGGAAAAUCCACAGCCAUAUCCUGAUCACCCAGAAAGAUUUGAGCACUACGAGCAGGUUCUGUGUAGAGAGAGUCUGACUGGACGCUGUUACUGGGAGGCUGAAUGGAGCGGAUGGGUUGAUAUAGCAGUGACAUAUAAAGGAAUCAGCAGGAAAGGAAGAAGUGAUGACUGUGAUUAUGGACUCAAUGAUAAGUCCUGGACAGUGAGCUGUGUUAAGGGCAGAUAUACUCUUUGGUAUGAUAAAAUCAGUGUUGAUAUCUUUUUACCUCUUUCAAAAUCUACUAGAAUAGGAGUUUAUCUGGACUGGUCGGCCGGCUCUCUGUCCUUCUUCAGCGUCUCUGACACACACACACUCACACACUUACACACAUUCAACACCACAUUCACCGAACCCCUCUACGCUGGGAUUGGGGUUUUUUAUAAUAACUGCUCAGUGUAUUUAUGUCAGAUUUAACAACCUCACAAGCCUCCAGAUGCUUCUUAUUUGUCUGACUGCAUUACUGAGAUUAAAACAUGGUUAGAUAAUAAUUCCUUGCGUCUGAACAGUGGUAAAACUGAAGUUAUGCUUAUUGGUUCCCUUCAACAAAUUUCUAAAACGGGCCAUCUCUCUCUGACUCUGGAUGGCUCUGUUUUGGAGCUUCAGAGUCAAAUGAGGAAUUAUUUUUUCUUGGAGUUAAUUUUUUUUGCAAAUUUUUUGUUUUCAUUUAGCCUACUUAAUUCUUUAUGCUAUUUUACAAUUUUUUAAUGGUUCAUUGCAAGCAUUUAAAUUUUAUUAAUUGUAAUAAUUUUUAAUUUGCUGAAAUAAUUAGUGAUAUUGUUUGUAAUAUUUUGAAUAAAUUUUACUGAGUAAACAGUGAAUGUUUUUAGUGUGUGGGAUUUUUUUGUAAAUUCAGUACAGAAGAUGUGUUCUAGCGCCCCCUACCAGAUAACAAUGAAAACACAGAAUCUAGGAGCACGACUAUAGCUCAAAUACACUACACUUUUUCUAAGGAUAAGUCAAGCAACUUAAAAGCCAUUUUAAGUGUAUUUCCGAGACAUACAUAAAGUCAAUUUCUGAGAAAUAUAUAAAAAGAAGGUUAAAAGUGUACCUUACCGCACAAUUACAAGCUCCUGUCGUUUGAUGAAGGUUUGAAGAAAGAACUUGUGGCUAAAUUGGACUCUCGUUGUGUCAGAAGUUAUAAGACUUUUAGUUUUAUACAUGUCGCCAUCUUUGAUAUUACUUCGGUCACUGUCGCUAUGGUUACUGGUAAGGAUGGA